CAGGGGACAAAUCAAGCCUCAAGUACAGCUGGGUACUCGGGAGGACAGAGGAAUCAGCGAAGAAGACAACUGGACUGAUGUGAAGGAGCACGAAUCGUUAAUAUGCAUCUUCAUAGAACACGAAAUCAAGAAAUUUGGGGACUUAUCGUAUAAGUGGAGUGGCGAACUACCGCAGCCAGCGCUCACCAUCCUGCAUCAGCAUGCCAUACAGGGAGACGUUACCGACGUACAGCAAGUGAUGUGUCGAUGGAAGGCGUACAGCCGAAAGCACAUGGAGCAUCCGUUCGACUACGCCUUCCUACACGGCCUUCUGCAGCAGCUGGACGCGAAGUGGGCCGCAUCGGACCUCUCCCGCGAUGAGGUAGAGGAAGAGACCCUAGACCCUCCCGCUCGCUCGAAUUGUACCGACCUUCCUUCCGUCGAGUGUGUUAGCACGCCGCCUCUAAAUAAGCAUGCUGAGGAAAGUCUGGCGGAGUCCUUCAACCUUUUCAUCGAGUUCUGUAUGAGCCUGCUGCGCAAACAGCGAGACAUAUUCCCGCCGUCAAACCGCGCCGCUUCACAUAAGCUGGAAAACCUGCUCAAAUGCCUUCAUGAAAUCCACAAUCUCAAGGUAUUCAAGAAAUGUUGUCCCUUCCAGAAGGAGCUACACACAGAGAUUACACAGAUCAUCAAGAAAGGAACGUUGGAAUGGUAUGAGAAGCAACAUGCUCUAACGAAGACAACUGUCAGGAGCGAGGAUGACGUCGUCUCUGGUCUCAUUGAACUCACCAACAUACUGAAUAGUGACAUUCAGAAGGGCCAGCAGUACUACAACACAAUAUUUGAAAGGGUGGUGGGAGUCAGCUACACGGCGGUCACAUACCGACAGUUAGAAAAGCUGCUUUCAGACGAUGUGUGCGCAGCGAUGGAGGAUGAGUUCACCGAGGAGGUGGCAGCGCCGAUUGACCAGUUAGCAAACAGCGCCGAUGUGACGAAUCUCAAGGAUGACAAUAAUCCGAUAGGAAUGCAGAUCGGCACGAAUCUGUUUGAGCUGUACCUCGCACUGCAAGAGUUUGCUCAGAUGAAGUCCUAUCUACCACACAGUGAAACAAAGAGCCUAUCGGUGUCACACUUUCACGAGUGGUUCAAGGGAGCCGUGAAUCGAUGGCUGAAAAUUGCGCAGACCAAGGCUAACAUCCGAAUAAAGAAAGCUAUCGAACUGGACAAGAAGGUCACAGUGGUUGAUCCUCAAGUGAAACAUAGCUCAUCGGCUGUAGAUACAGCUUGCUGCUUCACACAGAUACGGGAAUUUUGGAAGCAGUUAGCGUGGCCGGAUACCGCUGGCGCAUAUGUAUUCGUAACUAAAGUCCUAGAGGAUAUCUGCAACGGGGCAAUAUUCUACGCAGACGAAGUGCACAAAAAGCUGCAGGCAGCUGGUUACUAUGACGACAGCGGCGUUUUUGAUGUCACCGAGGAACUGUGCAUCACCAUAAACAACAUCGAGCAGGUUCGUCGAUCGUUAAAACCCUUGCCGGAGGACCUCCGAUUCUCGGAGAUCUACCACGCCGUAGACAAAGCGUACGGGAAGGACUCUGGCCGUCAGUGCAAGGUGGCACUGUACGGUGUGCUAAAGAGCUCUGAUGAGGACGUCAUCAACAAGAUCAAGGAGGUUAUCGAACACGUCGGUGAAAAGAUGAGACCGGACAUAGGCAAAAGCGUAUUCCAUUUGGCUUGGGCGCCGGAGUCCGUGCCUGCCGAGGACGCGAUCGAGUCGUUGUUGAGUUAUCUAGAUAACAACCUUGACACGCUGAACAAGAGCUUGUUGCGGACCAACUUUGAUCGCCUGCUAGCGGAGAUCUGGCACGUCGUGUUGGACGAGAUCAAGAAGAUGCUAGAAACCAACAUGGGGAAGAAGCCAGUUUUCUACUCGCGCUUGUACGAUGCUCUCGACAUCUUGCGCGAGUUUUUCCACGCAAACGAGAAGGGCUUACCGAUGCAGACGAUCAUGAGCAGAGAGUACGAGGCUCUGCAGGACUUGCUCAGGCUACAUAAGUCCGAGACGAAUACCCUGGUGGACAUGUUCUAUUUGGAGAAGAUCGACAUACAGAAGUGCACUGAAGACAGCCGCUUCGGGGUGUUGACUGUCAGGGUAUACUACAACUUCUCGUCCGAGGAGCUUUCGGUGGAGAUUCUGAAUGCUAAGGAUAUCAUCCCACUUGAUACCAAUGGUCUGAGCGACCCAUUUGUGAUGAUAGAGUUGGUGCCAAGUCACAACUUCCCCACCUGCCAGGUACAGCGGACGAAGAUUGUGAAGAAAUCGCUAAACCCACUCUUUGACGAAUCGUUCGGCUUUACCGUGAAUCCGGACCAGUGCAGACACGAGUCGGCGAUGGUGCAGUUCACCGUCAUGGACCACGACAUUAUGUUCGCCAACGACUUCGCCGGUGAGGCGUACUUCUCCCUAAACGGAAUCCCCGGACUGAAGGGCGAGAAGGCUGGAGGCUACUCCAAUCUGAAGCAGACUCAGCUCAUACUUACGCAGCCGAAGCCCCGAGAAAUAAUUCCUAAGCGAAAGCGAAAACCGAGCCUAGUGAGCGGACCGUUCCAAGUGCUGGAACUCAGAACCUGGGAUAAAGACGCGACCGAAUUCGUCAAGAAGAUCAAAGCACGAGAGAGCCUUGCAAUAACUAAGUGAAAGAGCAGUAACACGCGGAUACGUGGACGUCUGCGGAGGUGAAGAUCCCUAAUAUCGGGUGAACCAUAGCCGAUGGUGGCGACAAAUAAUGUAGACCGUGUUCCUAGAAUGGGGUUAUAUGGUGUCGAUGACGCUGACACUGUGCUAUGAUUUACAUGCAAGCCUUACGUAAUUUUGCACUAAAGUGAUAUCCAUUUUAUUAACAUUCCGUGAUAGCACAUUCCAUUUCAUAUAAAAAUGUCUUGGUUACUGCUAUGGGGUGUAGAUCGGUGUAACGCUACUGCUGUGAGGGGCGAACAGUGUUGCUUUGAUAUACGUGUAUUAUCUGUAGCGUAAGCACGCGCUUACAGUAUCGGAAUGACUGUAAGUAUUUCAUAAAUAUACCCCGAGUGCCACUUUGUCGUGUCCCCAUCGUCCUGAUUACUCGCUGUUUUACUGUGUAUACUAUGUGCUGAGAAACCACGGCUGCUUCGCUGGGCAUUAUGACAAUAGUUUGUUAGUAGUUCUAUGGUGACAGACAAAGAGAGCAUUGUAUGCAUAGAGAGGAAAAUGUAGAUGAAGAUCGACAGAAAGGAGGGAGUAAGGAGCAAUAGGGAGCGAUAGAGAAGGGUGGUGGGUGGAGAAAUAGGAAGAGAGAGAAAGACACAGAGGGA